UCAGUUUUUAAAAUUCAAGUUCAAAAAUGAAAGUUCUGUUUGUAUUUGCAUUGAUUGCGGUUGCAUCCGUUCUAGCCGAUACCAAAACACUGAAGUUUGAAAAUGUUCAGGAUGGCGAUGGGACAUAUAAAUUUUCGUACGAAACCGAUGAUGGAAGUUCACGAGUUGAGCAGGUUGAUACCAAAAAUGAACAGCUAAAUGUUCAGGGCAACUACAAAUACGUCGGUGAUGAUGGUGUGGAGUAUAAGGUUAAGUACGUUGCUGACGGAAAUGGAGGCUUCCAGGCUGAGGGAGCUCAUAUCCCAAAUGAAUAUGUGGAUAAACUGUCGACGAUUUAGG